CAGGAGAGUAAUUAAUAUACAAAAUCUGAUUUGAUUUUUAAAUUUUUUUGCGAAGAUCCCAAAAUACGAUGUUUGGAAAAUGUCUGCCCUAGCAUUUCUCUUUACAUCACCAAAGCUAAAGGACAGAAUGACUUCUCAAAGAAAAAUGAUGUUACUGAUCUUAUGUGCUUUAUCACUGAUAUUGAUCAAGUAUUAUUUCAGACUAACGCUUCACCUACAGAAGAUGUAUGGCUGCUGGAAUGAUCAAGUAGAAGAACCUCAGCUCUCAGCCUGGUUUAACUCUGCGAACCGUUCUGAUGUUAUAACAACAACUAACUGGCAUGCUCCAAUCAUAUGGGAAGGAACUUACAAUAGAGAGGUUCUGGAAAAAUACUACAAGAGGCUGAACAUUACCAUAGGCUUGGCUGUAAUUGCCCCAGCAGGGAUUAUCCGUCAGUACCUGAAAGAAUUCAUACAAUCUGCAAAUAAGCACUUUAUGACUGGCUACAAUGUUAUCUUUUACAUCUUGACAGAUAAUUUAAACAAGGUUCCUCACCUUGAGCUAGGUCUUCUUCGAACAAUGAAACUAUUUUUUAUACCAGCAAAUACUGCAUUGGAAGACUACAGUCUCUGGUACAUGAAGCAUCUAGAAACGAACAUCAUAGAUUUUAUCCAGUAUGAAGUUGAAUUUCUCUUCAAGAUGGAUAUAAACCAAAUCUUCAAGGAUGACUUUGGAGUAGAGACGUUGGGCAGGUCUGUAGCUCAACUCCAUGGAUGGUGGUAUUUUAAAAAUACUGAAGAUCUCCCUUAUGAAAAAAGAUCUCUAGCAGCAGCUGCCAUUCCCUCCGGACAGGGCGAUUUCUACUAUCAUAGUACAAUAUUUGGUGGCACACCUCAAGAGAUCUUAGCCCUCUUAGUAGAAUAUGAAAAAGGAUUUACACAUGAUACUUCAAAAGAUAUUAAUAGCAAUUUUGAAAGUCACCUAAACAAAUAUUUUUUUGUCCAUAAACCUGCUAAGCUGUUAUCACCAGAAUACAAUUGGGAAUCAAAUUUAAAAACCCCUCCACAAAUUAAGCAUGUUAAGAUAGAAUGGCAGUCAGUAAGUAUUGAAAAUGAUUAUAUGGAUUAACAAGUGGAUUGCAAUAAUUCCUCACAUAUAAAACUUUGGUAAUUUUUCAGAUUUUUAGAAGUGUGCAAAUGUAUUAUCUUCCAAAAUGUACAAUCUUCCUUGCAAUU